AUGGAACAGCUGACGGAGUUUGUGUCCAAGUCGUUCACACUCGACCGAGCCGUCGCCUUGCCGCCGCCUCCGCUGCCCUUGGCCGCGGUGACUACGGUGAAAGCAGCCGUCGGCGGCGGGCCUCACGGCUGCGGACGAAGCGUCCAGUCGGUCCGCAGCCUUAACUUCACGGCCCAGAACCUGGCCACGUCUUCGCUUCGCGACAAGACCCCGCCGCCACCUCUGCCGCCGGCGCUCGUGGCGCCUGCCUCGUCUUCGUCUCCGCCGGCGAGCGGCGCGGAGGGGUCGUCCUCCCGCCGCAGGUCGUCGAGCGACGCCGAGCUCGACAAGGAGGACGACGACGACUCGAGAGGCAGCCCCGAUUGCUGCUCUCCGGAACCCGAUGGUCUGAGCAAGCUGGCAGCAUUGCCUGGGGGUCAGCCGCCGGUACCAGCAUCAUCGUCGCCUCCUCGCCGGCCGGAGCUGCCAUCGUCAGAAAGGAAGUCGGACGUGCACCACCCUCCUCCUCUUUCAAUCGGUUCCGGGCCGCCGAGACUCAAGGAGGAGUCGGCCUGCACCGCCGGCAGCAACGGAGGCAACGUGAGCAACGGGAGCAGCAGCGGCGGUGGAAGCGGCUGCGGGGGCAGCAGCAGCAGCAGCAGUAAGGUCAAGCAGCGUCGAUCGCGCACAAACUUCACGCUGGAGCAGUUGAACGAGCUGGAGAGACUGUUCGACGAGACGCACUAUCCGGACGCAUUCAUGCGUGAAGAGCUGUCCCAGAGGCUAGGACUGUCCGAGGCCAGGGUUCAGGUGUGGUUUCAAAAUCGCAGAGCGAAGUGCAGGAAACACGAGAGCCAGAUGCAAAAGAGCCUCAUGAUGGCGACAAGCACACCAAUCGAGUCGUCACGCAUCGCACCCUACAUCAGCGUCAGCGCGACGUCCCCACCACCGCCACCGCCCCAGGCGCCCAGGCUUUCAUCGGAGCGGCUGUUCCUGCCCGCGGCCACGUUUCUUCCGUAUGCCGCCGACCCUACGGGACUUCUGGCCGCCGCGCAUCACUACUCGGCGGUGGCCGCUGCGGCGGCCGCUGCCGUCGCGUCCGGUCACGCGCCGCCGCCCGUGCCGCAGCCUCCUCACCCCGGGCUGACCACGGCGCUGAUGGCUGCCGAGAGGCUAACCACCAAGAACUCGAGCAUCGCCGACCUGCGGCUGAAGGCUCAGAAACACGCGGCCGCUCUGGGCCUGUGACGCCGGCUGGCAUCGCCACCGCUGCAGCCGUUGGAUCCGCUCCGCUGCCGCCAUCGGAGGCGCAAACUGUGAAGGACGGUUACGUAACCCAGCCCUGCUGGAGCCGUUGUCGAUCGCGGCGACUUUGAGACGAAGACGCCCGGAACGUUACGAGCAGGACUCACCCAUGGCCUUGAGGACAG